AUGACUGCACCAAUGAAAAUGGAUGGGGGCAACUCUGGCCUUCCCCCCGCGAGUAAGGAGUCCCUGACCCUUAGCUCAGACUCCCAGCUCAGUGAGAAGUGUCUCAGCACCUCCGAUGAAAGUGAGCAGGGGGAUAGAACCAUCCGUGGGUUCAAGUGGAUCUUGGUUGUGAUUGCCAUCUUGUCUAGCCAUUUGCUCUUUGCUCUUGAUAACACUAUUGUGGCUAAUAUCCAGGCCGCGAUUCUCACGGAAUUCGACGAAGCUGAUCAGAUUUCAUGGCUCUCCGUCGGUUUCACUCUCUGUUCAUGUGCUCUAUGUCUUCCAUGGUCCAAGGCCUAUGCAACCUAUAAUGUGAAAUGGCUGUACAUUAGUUGUGUCAUUAUUUUCAUGGCAGGUUCUGCUUUGUGUGGAGCUGCUCCCAACAUGAACGCCAUGAUCGUUGGGAGAGCUAUAGCCGGUUCUGGAGGCAGUGGCAUGUAUUUUGGAGUCUUAACGCAGCUAUCCAUGAACACAACCGUGCCUGAGCGUCCGUUUUAUAUUGGACUGACUGCUGUCUCAUGGGGCAUUGGAACGGUUAUUGGCCCAGCUAUUGGAGGAGCAUUCGCCGAGAGCUCCGCCACCUGGCGUUGGGCUUUUUACAUAAAUCUCGUCAUUGGCGCGGUUUUUUCUCCAGUCUAUGUCCUCCUUCUGCCUUCAAUAAGCCCCCUUAAAAACGAAACCCAGAAAGAUAAGGCGAGAAACAUUGACUGGGUCGGCAGCGUCCUUUUCAUUGGCUCGCUGGCCUCUCUAAUUAUGGGAAUUGACUUUGGAGGUGUGGAGUGGACAUGGAGCAGCGGCUCGUCAAUUGCACUCUUUGUCGUAUCUGGCGUACUAUUCAUUCUGUUCGGAGUGCAACAGACCUUCUACAUCUUCUGCAAUGAGCAAAACCGACUCUUCCCAGUUCACUUCAUCAAGAGACGCUCUUUAGUGCUACUAUUCAUUCUCAACACAUGUGCCAGCAGUGGACUGUUCAUCUCAGUUUACUACAUUCCAUUGUACUUUCAGUUCACCAAGGGCGAUACCGCGCUCUACUCUUCAUUACGUAUCUUGCCUUUCGUGAUGGUUCUGAUCUUUAUUAUCAUUGCAAACGGCCACAUGAUGACCAGAUUUGGCUACUAUUUCCCGUGGUACCUUUUCGGCUCCGCUUGUGAGCUUGUCGCUGCUGUUUUGAUGUAUCGUGUCAAGGCAGACACCCCCGCCUCUGCGAUAUACGGAUAUACAUCCCUUAUGGCCUUGGGCGUCGGCUCCUUCAAUCAGGCAGGCUACAGCGUAGUCCAGGCAAAGGUGCCGAAGGCUGAGAUCCCAUGGGCCUUGGGCUUCAUGAUGGUUUCUCAACUGGGAGGCAUUGUCUUGGGCUUAGGCGUUGCAGGUGCUAUAUUUGUCAAUGUUGCAACGAAAGACCUUUUAAUUUUGCUCCCUAAUGCCAAUCCCAUUGACGUCGGCAACACCAUCGCGGGAACCAGCAGUGUAUUCUUCGACACCCUGACACAGUCUGAGCGGACCGCUGCUCUUGAAAUCAUUGUUGAUGCCAUCGAUGAUGUCUAUACCCUUCUAAUCGUUGCUGGUGCACUUGGUGUUCUUCUCUCCAUCUUCCUGAAGCGUGAAAAACUGUUUAUGGAGGCAGCAGCCGGUGGUGCUUAG